ACUAUUUAAUACUUGACUUAAAAUUUCGACCCUCGACUUCAGGAUUGACGGAAGAAAUAAGUUUGAGAGCGACUGACCACUUGAGUUUGACUCGCCAACUUGUACCGUUAUCUUACUAUAGUUGUGAAUUAAAACAACGAUGAAUUCACGUAAUGACGAACGCAAAGAAGAUAAACCUCCUUAUUCUAGGGUAUUUGUAGUUUGCACCAAAGAUUUGCGAGAAGAUGAUUUGCGCAAGUGUUUCGAGCGGUAUGGGGAGGUGGAGGACAUUUACAUGCCGAAGGAUCGCAAUACUGGUGAGUCAAGAGGCGUCGCAUACGUAAAGUACUUCAAGACGUCGUCGGCUGCCGCCGCGAUCCAAGAGCUGCACCUCACCUCUAUACCAGGGUCCAGCAAACCCAUCAAAGUUAUGAUAGCCAUUAGUAAAAGCGCAAAGAAUGAACCGCCCAUCGAGAAGUGCAACAGACUCUUCAUCAAAAUAUCCAAACAAACCACUGAAGCUGAGAUAAAACAAGAAUUUUCACAAUUUGCUGAAGUUGAACUAGUCCACAUACAAAGGGACAAGGUCACAAACGACAGCAAAGGCUUAGCUUAUGUGCAUUUUAGAUCAUUCUUAGACGCUGCAAAGGCUUUUGAGCAGUGCGAUAAAAAGUACAAGCCAGUGUUUGCUACACCAAAACAGGACCUCAAAAGGGGGAGAGAAAUGAAUGAGGUAGCAAAUCAUGAUAUCAUGUGGUCCAGUAACUCGAACUUUAGUAACAGUAGCUAUGGCAACCCUAGAGACGAAUGUGCACCACGAGAAGCAGUAGUAUCUCUAAUGAGAGUUAGCCCUCAAAACUACAAAUCUAUUUGUGCCACAUGCACUCCUAUGGUUCCUCAGAGAUAUCUAGAAAGCUUGUUCAACAUUGUGCCUGGUAUGGUCCACUGUCAAUACACUGCAGACGCUUAUGGUGGCUAUAGCAAACUCUUAGCCACAUAUGAAGAUGAAAAAGCAGCAUCAUAUGCUGUGGAAAGGAUACACAAAUUUGAAUUUCCAUCUGGUGAGAUUGUUCAUGUCAAACCUGACAACCCUUUGAGCAAAGCAGCUAAUGACUUAACUGCUAUAGUGAAUAACUUCAAAAAUGCAGUUGACGCUGGCAGUCCUGACUUAAUACAUUUAGCUGACGCUAUUGCCCAGGCUUCAUCAUUGAUUAAGGCAGCAACAUCAGUGAAAAUAGAAGGAAAUUCUGAAACUGAUAGAAAUUACUGUAGUGUCCCAUUACCUCCUCCUCAACCCAUGGCUACCUUGACAUCCAAAGUGGCACAGAGAUGUUUUAUAGUAUGCAAGCCACACCCUCCUCCGGCCCCAGUUCUAAAAGACGUAUUCAGACGUUUUGGAGACUUAAUUGAUGUGUCAACAAUCGCGAAUAAGACAUUUGGGUUUGUGAAGUAUGCCUCGGCGAGAGCUGCGCAAGAAGCAAUAACAACACUGCACGGGCAGACGGUUUGUGGUGUGCAGUUGAAGGUGAUGGAGGCCGAUGACAAACCGAGCAAGGAGGGUGAUAAAAGUAUGGACAUUGACAUGGACCAUGUGGAGACAGACCAUGAUACUGACAGGAAGAGAUUUAGACUCAAUGACCAAGACUAAUGGUUACAAAAAAUUUAACGUUGUCUAUUGUGAUAUAGACUUCAAAUGAGCUAUUCAAGACUUCAAUGUUACUGACAUCGGAGAGACUAGAGGGACUCUUUAAUAGUUCAGACUUUCAGUAUAUAUUUUUGUACUUUAGACUUUACUGAUGUUUACCAAUAAUAUUUUUUCUUGUAAAGUCACUAUAGAAUACCUUUUUUUAUACACAACAAAGAUAGAGAAAAGUAUGAGUUAUUUCUAAGUGUUUCCUGUUGUUUUAGACUUGA